AUGAGUGUAUCCUUAUGGCAGGAUCUGGUGUUUGAAGUAGGACUCUUAGGAAAGAUAAAGCAUUACCUCGCAAAGAGACCACUGCCAUCUCCUGCUGAACGGAAGAAGUUUGAUCGUGAGUUUGCCAUCUCCACUUCCUUUCAUGGUAUUUAUAACAUUGCCCAGAACCAGAGCAGGGUUCGAAAGGUGCUCUGGCUGUCUGUGGUACUGGGCUCUGUCUCCCUCUUGGUGUGGCAAGUCUACAGCCGCUUGGUCAAUUACUUCACGUGGCCGACCACCACAUCUAUAGAGGUUCAGUAUGUGGAGAAGAUCGAGUUCCCAGCUGUGACGUUCUGUAACUUGAAUAGAUUCCAAACAGAGGCUGUAUCAAAAUUUGGCAUCAUUGUCUUCUUGUGGGAUGUAGUUUCCAAAGUCCUCCGCCUUCAGGAAAUUAGUGGCAACCACACGGAAUCUUCAGAGACCUUAGAUUUUGUUACAAGUCACCAAAACUUCAGCAUUACAGAAUUUGUCAAGAAUAAUGGCUUUUUUCUCAAUCAGGACACUUUGUUGCACUGUGACUUUUUUGGAAAACCAUGUGGUCCAAAGGAUUUCAAACACGUUUUUACUGAAUAUGGAAAUUGCUUUACUUUUAACCAUGGUGAGAAUAUCCAAAGCAAGAAUAAAGUGAGUUUGUCUGGAAGAGGCUUAAAGCUGCUCUUCAAUGUCCACCAGGAAGAAUUUACUGAUAAUCCCAUGCCUGGUUUUGCUGAUGCUGGGAUCAUCUUUGUUAUUCACUCACCCAAGAAGGAACCACAGUUUGAUGGCUUGGGUUUGUCUUCUCCUGUGGGGAUGCACGCCCGGGUGACCAUGCGCCAGCUGAAGACAGUCCACCAGGAAUACCCGUGGGGAGAGUGCAAUCCUGACAUCAAGUUGAGGGACUUUACCACCUACAGCACUUACAGUUGUUUGAAGGAGUGCAAAGCCCAGCACAUCCAGCAGCAGUGUGGAUGUUUGCCCUUUCUGCUUCCAGGAAACGGUGUCGAAUGUGAUCUACUAAAACACUACAACUGUGUAUCUCCCAUCCUUGAUCACAUUGAGCUUAAGGGACUGUGCACGAUGGGAACACACAACUCCAGCUGCCCUGUGUCAUGUGAAGAAACAGAAUACCCAGCUACUGUUUCUUAUUCUACUUUUCCAAGUCAAAGAGCAUUAAAAUUUCUUGCCAAGAAAUUGAAUCAAAGCCAAGAAUAUCUCAGAGAGAAUCUUGUGAACAUUGAAAUAAACUACAGUGACUUAAACUAUAAGAUAACGCAGCAGCAAAAGGCAGUGAGUGUACCUGAGUUACUUGCCGAUGUUGGCGGUCAGCUGGGCCUAUUUUGUGGAGCUAGUCUGAUUACAAUUAUAGAAAUUAUUGAAUAUGUAUUGACCAAUUUCUACUGGAUAGUCAUUUUCUUUUUGCUGAAAAUACUUGAAAUGAUCCAGAGGACUCCUCAACUUCAGUCAGUAUAGAAGAAUGUUAAUAUUCUGUUACAAUAAAAAAUAUUGUUUUUUUUUUCUUUUCAUAAUACA